UUCAUAGCUGCACAUUGACGUCGACGGGGCUUUUUGUUUCACACAUGCAAGAUGCCAGGCAACAUCUAACUUUGGCUUGCCUAGGGGCUAAGGUGGCACUACAGCAAGCAAACCGAUAAGAUAAGGAUAGCUUUUGCUCCAUUAGGGAAAGCCCCAAGGCUGCCGGUUGUCGAUCGGUUUAAUCUUGGGGACUUCAAAUAAGCAACAGUUUCUACUUUCAACCCCAAGGUUUGGUCUUUGACCUUUCCAAGUCACAAUUAUAAUGGUAUGGCCUUUCACCUCUGCCUCUGGGAAAGACGGUGAUUCUUCGAGACGACCAGUCUCCUGGUCUGACAGUUUAAACGGAACCGAUUGGCAACAUUACAAAGACCCUAGAAAUUGGGUCCCGACUUUGCUUGUAACGACAACCGUUGUCGCCUCCUUGCAGAUCUACCGUUCAUACCUACGUCGAAUCCCCGGUACUAUUCAUAUCCGACCGAGUUUUUUCAGGAAGAGAAGCAUCUUCGGUCAGGUUACGAGUGUCGGAGAUGGAGAUAACUUCCAUUUAUACCACACACCGGGUGGUCGUCUAGCGGGGUGGGGAUGGCUACGAAACGUCCCGGUCAAGAGGGUAGAGUUGAAGAAUAAGACGAUUCCUAUACGUCUCGCUGGUAUUGACGCACCAGAAGGCGCUCAUUUCGGACGACCUGCCCAACCAUUCUCGACGGAUGCCCUCGCCUGGUUAUCUGAAUACAUACUUGGGCGAAGGGUUCGAGCAAAGAUCUACAGACGUGACCAGUACGAUCGUGUUGUUGCUACCGUAUUUGUAAGGCGGUUCCUUAUCCGCCGCGAUGUUGGCUUGGAAAUGUUAAAGCGAGGUCUGGCUACAACAUACGAGGCUAAGAGUGGUGCUGAAUUUGGUGGUCUUGAGGAGAAGUAUAAGGCUGCAGAGAGUAAAGCAAAGGCUGCGAAGAGAGGGAUGUGGGGUGGUAACCCGCAAUUCUUUGAAAGCCCUCGCGAUUAUAAGACCCGAAUGGGUGUGGGGGAACCGCAAAAUAGCAACACCAAGUUAUGAGAUAUGAAAUCGUUCAAUCGGAUUAGCUCUG